UUUCUGUUGAGACUUGUGGCUGAGAGCUUAUAUGACCACCAAGAACUUUGAGCUUCUCCACGUCGCGUACCUAUAUCUAGGUACCAUACCUACCGAAAAGGGUUGCUUCUCUAUGCCUACCUCUGUAUCACUAUGAUGUUGUUCUUUAUCAGCCUCUUAGGGCUCUUGUCUCUCGCUAAUGCCCUCGCCAUCAUCACGCGAGCACACUUCGAUGUCAUUGUUAUUGGCGGCGGCCCAGCUGGCCUAUCGGCUCUGAGCGGCCUCGCGAGAGUUCGCAGAAAAGCUCUUCUCGUUGACUCUGGGCAAUACAGAAAUGCCCAAACGACACAUAUGCACGAUGUUAUCGGCUGGGACGGUGUUCAGCCAGCCUAUUUCCGCUACGAAGCCCGCCGUCUCCUCAAGCACUACAAAACCGUCAAAAUGAUGAACGGGACAGUGACCAACAUAAAACGCCUCCCCGGCACAAACACACACUUCAUGGUCUCCGUUGAAGAUACCGGCUCAUCGCCCAUGGAAGUCUCAGCGCGGAAAAUAGUCCUCGCGACUGGCCUAGAAGAUAUUCUGCCCUCCACUCCAGGAAUAGAGGAAUAUUGGGGCAGGGGGAUUUACUCGUGCCCCUGGUGCGAUGGUCACGAGUACGCCGAUCAGCCCCUCGGUCUUCUAUGCCCACUCGAUAAAGUCGCGAACUACGUUAGAAAAGUCCUGACGCUGGACACCGAUAUCGUGGCUUUCGUUAAUGGCACUGAUACCGAGGAGAUGAGGAAGCUCGCUGAUCAGCAAUUGCCCCAGUGGGAGGAAUAUCUAAAACUUCAUAACGUGACGAUCGAUAACCGGACCAUUACAUCGCUCGAACGACUUAAAAUGGGCGAAGACAAUGAUAAGUCUCCUCAUCUACCCUCAGUGCCUAAAGAUGAUCUCUUCAGUGUGCACUUCACAGAGGGUGAGCCAGUGGAACGAGUUGCCUUUCUGUCGAGAUUCGCUAGUAAACAGAGGUCGGAUAUUGGCGAAAAAGCCGGCGUUUUGUUGACGUUCGGGAAGUUGGGAGUGACUAGCGGGGGCAUGCUAACGAAUGUGCCCGGUAUUUAUGCUGUUGGGGAUGCCAAUUCUGAUGGUGCACCUAAUGUACCGCAUGCUAUGUUUACGGGGAAGAAAGCCGCUGUGGCAAUUCACGUGGCACUUGAGGUUGAGAAACAGACUGCUGAGCUUGCGGAAAUGGCAAAGUCCCGGGUGUCUGACCCAGUAUAUGACUCGACCACGCAAUAAUCUAUGAUUUUUACACUUCUUUUCACACAAGUUCAUUAAGAGCUUUUACAUAAUGUAUAUGAUAGUGACGUAAAAUUAGGAAAGGUUUAUAUCGUUUAAUAAGCUUGUGAUGACCUUAGGAUAGCUGAUACUGUCAUCGGAUCAUAUCUUGAGAAAUACACGGUCAAGAUCACAAGGGUGCUAGUGGUGACGUUCAGUAUUUAAGAAUUUCAACACAAACAGCCCUGGAGGCUUCGAUAUAGCCAGCCACAGACUAUUGCGAACCUUGCUGUCCAAUAUAAACACAUGCUUCGGAACUCAAACGCCCCUGUCCUCAUCCCACUGCCCAAGCAACCCCUCAAGCUGCUGAUGCCUCCUCAACGCCUCCUCGAAACUAACAAGCCCAUCCUCCUCACCCUUCGCAAACGUCUCAUAAACAGCCGCCACACCCCUCGCCAGCAGCGGAAUAUCCUGCUGCCACUCCUCCCACUUCCACUCAACCUCCUCCACAACAUCCCUCUCAAAAUCAUGCACCUCAAUAACAACCGGCUUCUCAUAAGCAGAAGCACCGUGGAGUGUAGUCCCGGUAAAGACUUGUACUCUUAUCUCGCCCUUUUCACCGGCGAUGGCUAUGCUUAGGUGAGGAGAGCCGGGGAAGGGCUGACCGCGGCGGAAGCGGACGAGGACGGCGGCGUCCUUUUGGGCGGUGGGGGAUUCGGAGAGACGACCUGUUGCGAGAAUGAGGUCUGGGACGUCGGAGGUUGUUGUGUGUGUUAUUUCGUUGGUUUUGGGAUCGCGGAUGCGGAUAUUAGGACGUUGGUUGUGGAGAGUGCUUUUGAAGUUUGUGAUGUCGCCGAUGAUGUACUGGAACUGAUCAAAGACUGACUUGUUAGCUUCCACCCAUCCUCUCUGGGAGAGAUGACUUACUGUGUCCGAGACCAAUGGUAAAGAUAUUACCCCCAACUUCCCGUUGAGCAAAAUAUUCCAGACUAGACGGCAGUAUCUCCCUAUCAUUCGUUCCUCCAGAUGCAUACAGCUCUGCACUAACAAUCUUCCCAAUCCUCCCCUCUUUGACAAUCUCUCUCAACUUCUUGAUCGGCGGCGCAUACCGUCCCUGCAGCCCAACAAUCGUCUUGACCCCCUUCUCCUUCGCAGCAUCAACAAGUUCCCUCGCAUGCGUGACAUCCUGCGCAAGCGGCCACUCCACGUAUAAAUCCUUACCAGCUUUUACACUCGGAAGAGCACUUGAAUGGUGAACAUCAACACGCGUAGCUACAACGACUAACUCAACAUCUUUAUCAGCGGCCAAGUCUUCUGGAGUGCCAUAGGCUUUAGUCUCGGGUCGGAGGUUGUAAUGCGCUAUGGCGUUCUUGGCAGCUUGGAGGGAAGAGUUUUGGAGGGCGACGAUUUGGUAUUUCGAUCGGCCCAGGGGGGAGUUCAGGUACUGGAGAUGGGUGUUUGAGGCCCAUGAGGUUUUGGCGGAGGAUGAGAGGCCGAUGAUGGCUGUGCGGAUUGGGGCCAUGUUGAGUUAGUCUUGAGCUAAGAUUAAGACUUUUUUUAUAUUGUUUCAGGUCAACCUUUGGGUUAUUUUUGAGGGUUUUAUAUGUUCGGAUGAUGUUGUUGACGUUGGAGAUGGUGUCAUUGUGAUUUCUAAUCGUUGAUUUGUAAGGCGAGAUCAUUGGUGAGAUUGAUGUGUUAAGACGCAACUGCAUAUAAAAUUCAAUUGGCUGGAUCUGACUUGUAUGAUAGUUGUAAGAAUGAUAAGGUCUGACAGUUAGAGUCUAUUAUGAUGCAUUAUGUUUGGGAG